UUUGAAGAUGUGAACGAAGAUGAUGAACCGAUAGAGGGCUGCAAUUUGCAGGAAGACAACUGCUUUACUGAAAGAUUCGAGCAACAGGACAGUAUCGUAUUUGUGGAUCCCGAUGUGAAAAUGGGGAGGAAUGCUUGCAGAAGUAAACUGUCCGACAUAAAUGAGGAAACCGAAGAGAUAGUUUUUGGUCCAGAAGAUGUUCCAGACGACCACAGCUAUCUCUUCGAUGUUAGCAUUACUUUUACUCGAUAUAAUUACCGUAUUCUUAUAUUCAACGCGCUAACUUACAGAAUGCUGAAGUCCACGUACUGA